GUUCUACUCUGGCCUGUAGGGUUGCUAUGGGUCAGGGUUGGCUCAGUGGCACUGGGUUUUUGCGGGUAGGCACAGCUAGGUCCCCAAGUGGCACAGAUGAUUUGCUCUUGACUACUGACCUAAACAAAGGUUGGCAGUUUGAACCGACCCAGCGGCACUGCGGAAGAACAGCCUGGCAACCUUCUUCCAUAAAGAUCACAGCCAAGAAAACCCUGUGGAGUACAGUUCUACUCUGUAACACACGGGGGCACCAUGAGUCAGAGUCGACUUGACAGCAGUGGGUUUAGAUGCUGCUUGGAAAGUGUCUCUGUGAGGAGUCCCCCAGUCUGGGCCCGGGAGGCCCUGGGGCAGCCCCGUGUCGCGGCAGAUCCCCGAUGUGGCUGCUCUCACGCACAUGUGUCUGUGUGUGGUUGCUCUUCCCCAGAACAUGGUGAUGAGUUUUCGAGUCUCCGACCUUCAGAUGCUCCUGGGUUUCGUCGGGCGGAGUAAGAGCGGACUGAAGCACGAACUGGUCACACGGGCCCUGCAGCUGGUCCAGUUUGACUGCAGCCCCGAGCUGUUCAAGAAGAUCAAGGAGUUGUAUGAGACGCGCUACGCCAAGAAGAACGCCGAGCCCGUCCCGCAGCCCCACCGGCCCCUGGACCCCCUGACCAUGCACUCGGCCUAUGACCGGGCUGGCACGCUGCCCAGGACACCCCUCUCGGGGCCCAACAUUGACUACCCCGUACUCUACGGGAAGUACUUAAAUGGACUUGGACGGUUGCCUGCCAAAACCCUCAAGCCAGAAGUCCGCCUGGUGAAGCUGCCCUUCUUCAACAUGCUGGAUGAACUGCUGAAGCCGACCGAGUUAGUCCCACAGAACAACGAGAAGCUCCAGGAGAGCCCGUGUAUCUUCGCCUUGACGCCAAGGCAGGUGGAGCUGAUUCGGAACUCCAGAGAGCUCCAGCCGGGGAUCAGAGCUGUCCAGGUCGUGCUGAGAAUCUGCUACUCAGACACCAGCGGCCCUCAGGAGGACCAGUACCCACCCAACAUCGCCGUCAAGGUCAACCACAGCUAUUGCUCAGUCCCUGGCUACUACCCCUCCAACAAGCCGGGCGUGGAGCCCAAGCGACCUUGCCGGCCCAUCAACCUCACCCACCUCAUGUACCUGUCGUCCGCCACCAACCGCAUCACCGUCACCUGGGGCAACUAUGGCAAGAGCUACUCCGUGGCCCUGUACCUGGUGCGGCAGCUGACCUCCUCCGAGCUGCUGCAACGGUUGAAAACCAUCGGGGUGAAGCACCCAGAGCUAUGCAAGGCGCUGGUCAAAGAGAAGCUGCGCCUGGACCCUGACAGCGAGAUCGCCACCACCGGCGUGCGGGUCCCCCUCAUCUGCCCGCUGGUGAAGAUGCGGCUGUCAGUGCCCUGCCGGGCGGAGACCUGCGCCCACUUGCAGUGCUUCGAUGCCGUCUUCUACCUCCAGAUGAACGAGAAGAAGCCCACCUGGAUGUGCCCUGUGUGUGAUAAGCCAGCCCCCUAUGACCAGCUCAUCAUUGACGGGCUCCUCUCCAAGAUCCUGAGCGAGUGCGAGGGCGCGGACGAGAUCGAGUUCCUGGCGGAUGGCUCAUGGUGCCCCAUCCGCGCCGAGAAGGAGCGCAGCUGCAGCCCCCAGUGCCCCAUCCUGGUCCUCGGCACGUCUGAUGCCAGCGGGCUGCUCUCCGCCCCCGAUAUCAACGGAGGCGGUGGCGUUAGCAGUGCGGCCGGUGGCAGCGGCGGCGGGGGCAGCACAGUCAGCAGCGCCGAGAACGGGAAGCCGGGUGCCGAUGUGGUGGACCUCACGCUGGACAGCUCGUCAUCCUCGGAGGACGAGGAGGAGGAGGAGGAAGACGAGGAGGACGAGGACGAGGAGGGCCCCCGGCCCAAACGUCGCUGCUCUUUCCAGAAGGGCCUGGUGUCGGCCUGCUGA